AUGACAAAUAUCAAGGAAUUGCGCAGAGGUCUCCCCUCCACGGUCAUCGUCCUCUGGGUGUUUACUCGAUUCUUCUACGACGACAACGGAUGCUGGGACGACACGGACAAUGUUCCUAUUUGGUGGAUUAUUAAGGGCCCAAUUACGGCGUCACUGCUGAUUAACAUCGUCAUCUUUGUGAACGUGAUCCGGAUCCUGGUGCAGAAGCUCAAGUCUUCGGCCAUGGCGGGAAAUAACGACACGGGUCAUUUUAUGCGGCUGGCAAAGUCCACUCUGUUCCUGAUCCCUCUGUUUGGGAUGCACUACACCGUGUUCGCCUUCCUGCCAGAGACCACCGGAGUGGCAGCCCGCCUCUACAUCGAGCUGGGCCUGGGAUCUUUUCAGGGCUUUGUAGUCGCUCUGCUCUACUGCUUCAUGAAUGGAGAGGUCCAGGCAGAGCUUCGCCGGUGGCUCUGGAGGUGUCACAGUCAGAACCAGCUCACUCCGGCCAAACGCAGCAUCACCCAGAUCACCAUACGGACUCGAGGGGAGCCAGGGGGGCCUGCGUCCACCGGCAACGUCUCCUCUGUGUGA